UAAAAAUUAUCUUUUAUUCUUAAAGACAGAGCUUAAGUCAUGAAGUCAUUAUGUAUUUCAUGAUUAAGCCAUGAAACUUCUCUAAUUAACCAUUGACUUUGAAAUAUUCUGCAGAUUUCUUGUCUUUUCGAUUGCUUCUUACGACAAAAUCAAUUAAAAAAACUUUAGAAAACAUAAGAAACUGAGUAAAACAGACUAAAAAGAGGACAAGUCAAAAUAGUUUUUUUUCUCCAAAAACACACACCACUAUAUAUACAAAAACAGAGGAUGCUCUGUUUCAUCAUUCUCAAAAGCCAUGACUUCUCUCCCCAUCUCCUUCCUUCUAACUCUCUGCCUACUCGUAAUCCCAUCUCUCUCAUCCGACUCUGACCCUUUACAAGACUUCUGCGUCGGCGACCUCAAAGCUUCUCCUUCCCUCAAUGGCUUCCCAUGCAAGUCACCAGUCUCCGCCUCUGACUUCUUCUUCUCCGGCUUAGGCAUUCCUCUAAACACCUCAAACCGUAACGGCGUAGCCGUGGCCCCCGCCAACGUCCUAACCUUUCCUGGUCUGAACACUUUAGGACUCUCUAUGAACAACGUCGAGUUCGCUCCAGGCGGUGUGAACCCUCCUCACUCGCACCCUCGUGCAACAGAAGCAGGGGUUGUGAUCGAAGGCUCUGUUUUCGUCGGGUUCUUGACCACGAACAACACCUUGUUCUCAAAGGUUAUACAUGCCGGAGAGAUGUUUGUUGUCCCUAGAGGGUUGGUUCAUUUCCAGUGGAACGUUGGUAAAGGGAAAGCACGUUUGAUAACUUCUUUUAACAGUCAGCUUCCUGGAUCGGCUGUUCUGCCUAGUACUCUGUUUGGUUCUAUGCCUGAGAUCCCAAACGCGGUUUUGACCAAAACGUUUAGGACUGAUGAUGCAACUGUGAACAAUCUCAAGUCCAAGUUUGCUGUUUGAGAGUCUUUUGAUUUUAUGUUUUCUGAAUUAAAUGAUAUUUUUCUAUUCUAUUUUAUUUAAAUAAUGGUGUACAUUUAUGUGUAAUAAAUAGUUAAGAAAAAAUGUUUGUUGACCAAAAAAAUUUAAACAAAAACAUUAAUAACAUCUUUUAUUUAUAUUUUCUGAUAUUAUAUUUCUGAAUUGUAUUUUA